CAAGGCUUGACCUUUGGACCCAGGUGGCGAAGGCGCACAGGAGCGUAUGAUGCGCAACAAAGCGCUUUUCCAAGUGGGGUGCGUUGUGAUGCAGUGAGCCAGUGUUUUUGUGGCCUUUGUGGACUUGGACACAUUUCUGGCCUGCUGUGGACUUGGCCGGGAAACCGCCUCGGUUUGCAAAGUCUGUGCCGCUGCGGGGCAUUAGUUUUGGCCACAGGGCCUUGGGCCGCUCAGUCGGCGUUGUUGUGUUAUUUUCCACAUUCCUCCUCUCUCUUGCGUAACUGUCAGCAGGGAGAGAACUAGAGCUCUCUCUGACCAUAAAUAGAACUCCGGCCGCCGGAGUCCCUCCUUGGCUUGCACUUUGUUCGGCUUCACAAGUGACCGCAAGUGGACACAGGAAGGACAGCAACGCCAGCCAUGCAGAGCGGCCUCCUGGCCUUCUGGGGCCUCGCCCUCGUCUCCUUGGUCCAGGCCCAGGCCCAGGUUCCAGUCCAAGCCGACUUCCAGCAAGGACAGUUCUUGGGGCGAUGGUUCAGCGUUGGCUUUGCCUCCAAUUCCCGCUGGUUCCAGGAGAAGAAGUCCUCCAUGAAGAUGUGCUCCACGGAAGUCACUCCGACAAGCGACGGAGACCUGGAGGUCAUCUCCACUUACCCAAAGGGAGACAAAUGCGAGACGAGGAAAAGCCUCUUCGUCCGGACGGAGGAACCGGGGCGCUUCAGCUACACAAGUUCUUAUUCGGGAACCACUUCGGACGUUCGCGUGGUGGAGACCAACUACCAUGAGUACGCCUUGCUCUUUGCCCAGAAGGUCAAGGAUGGUCAGACAUCCACCUGGGUGACCCUCUAUGGGAGAAGCAAGGAGCUGAGACCAGAGCUGCUGGAGAAGUUCACCCGACUGGCUUUGGAGCAGGGCUUGACCCGGGAGAACAUCCUCCUCCUUCCCAGGACAGACCUCUGCAUACAGGAUUCGGUGUAGUUGAAAACGCAUCACUUGGAAGGAAGAAGGACCAAGCUCAGCCUUUAGUCUGCGAUCCUGGGGGUUUCCAGCCAUUGACCAGAAUAGCAAACCUCCCCACCAACAUCUUCCUUUCAAUCCCGACAUUCUCCCUUUAUUCUCCCUAAUCUGUAGCAACCUGUUUUGGUUAAGAAUAAAAAGAAUUCAAAAGGAGAAAUGCAAA